AAUGAAUUUUUUUUUUUGAAAGGGGUCAAACGAAUGAGUUAGUUUGUAACUUUUUCUGCUUUAAUUUAUUUUGUGUGAUGAAUUAGCUAAAUCCUAUUCCUCGAAUGUCAAAAUUCGGCCUAAUCAUCUGACCCGAAACGCAGCGUUUCACGUCAACCGUUUAGCUUCAGUGUAAAACCGCGCAACCAGUCUCAGCCGGCGUCGAACGCUUCCCUCCGAUGCCGCGACACGCCUCCGACACUCGAUCCGCCUCCGCCGCCGUCGGAUUGAAGUUGUCGGCGAAAAAAAACACGUCUUUUAUUCAAAAAACAAUAAAAAACCCCAAGUUAUCAUCCGCCGUCGCCGUGCUCCUCGCGGACGUCGUCCUGGUUUCUCUCAUCAUCGCAUAUGUUCCAUAUACGAAAAUUGAUUGGGAUGCUUACAUGUCACAGGUUAGUGGUUUUCUGGGAGGUGAAAGAGAUUACAGCAAACUGAAAGGCGAUACAGGGCCUCUGGUAUAUCCAGCUGGAUUUCUGUAUAUUUACUCUGCUAUUCAGUAUGUUACUGGUGGCGAGGUUUAUCCUGCUCAGAUUUUAUUUGGCAUACUCUACAUUGUGAACCUUGGGAUGGUUCUAUUAAUUUAUUUGAAGACAGACGUGCUUCCUUGGUGGGCUCUUUGCUUGCUUUCUUUGUCAAAAAGAUUGCACUCAAUCUUUGUGCUUCGCUUGUUCAAUGACUGUUUUGCCACGACACUCUUCCAUGCAGCACUGAUUUCAUUUCUUUAUCAGAAGUGGCAUCUAGGUUUAAUCAUUUUCAGUGGGGCUGUCUCAGUGAAGAUGAAUGUUCUUCUUUUCGCACCUCCAUUGCUACUCCUCUUGCUGAAGGGUAUGGAUGUUUUUGGGGUUAUAUCUGCUGGUGCAGGUGCAGCUGUAGUACAGAUUCUUUUGGGCUUACCUUUCAUAUUAUCAUACCCAGUUGCGUACUUCUCAAGAGCUUUUAAUCUUGGUCGCGUGUUCGUCCAUUUUUGGUCUGUUAAUUUUAAAUUUGUCCCAGAACCAGUUUUCGUUUCAAAAGGAUUUGCAAUGUUUCUGCUGGCUGCUCAUCUUGUUCUGCUUGCGGUCUUUGCUCAUUAUAAAUGGUGCAGGCAUGAAGGAGGUUUGUUCUCUUUCUUGCAUUCUAAACUUGCUCAAAUGAAGCUCAAAUUUUACAAUCCGAGUUCUUUCCCACUGAGAGGGUUCAAUGAGCAGAAUUCCAACACGAGGGUGCUUAAAACUGAUUAUAUUGUCACGACUAUGUUUGUUGGGAACUUCAUAGGAGUCGUGUGUGCUCGGUCUCUCCAUUAUCAGUUCUACUCUUGGUAUUUCUAUACUCUACCGUAUCUAUUGUGGCAAACACCAUUUCCUAAUUGGUUCCGUUUAAUUCUGUUUGUUACGGUGGAGUUAUGUUGGAACAUCUUUCCUUCUAAUGUCUACUCAUCAACACUGCUGCUCGGCGCCCACUUAAUUAUCUUAGGAGGUCUGUGGAUGGCACCACCCAAGUAUCCGUACGCGGAUAAGACAGACGGCAAACCAGCAAACUCAAAAAAGGCCAGCUGAAAGUCUAAUUUCUAACUCUCUGUCAAUCAGAUUUUGUGUGCUCUCUACUUACUCUUAUGCAUCAGUUUCUAGUGGAAAGAAGGCAGUUUUUCAAUCUCUUAGCUUCAUGAAGAGGAUAAUACUACUUUUUUUCUCUUUAGGAUAUUCGAUUUCUGGGUUGUAGCAGUUCUUGAAUCUGUGUUCACACUUCAUCUGAUGAAAGAGAUUAAUCGUACUGGUUUUGUCA